UUAGAUGACAAUAAAACGGCGGAACAACUUUACCGAACAGUUCGCGUUUUGUGUUGGAUCAUGACGUCACCAGCAACUUUACUCAAAAAGGCAAUUUACGUAAGAGAUACGUGGCCAAAAAGAUGUAACGUGCGUUUGUUCAUGAGCUCCGUAGAAAAUAAGACCUUUCCUGCAGUGGGGCUCCCUGUUAAAGAAGGACGGUCCCAGUUAUAUAAGAAGACAAAAGCAGCGUAUAAAUAUAUUUGGAAGCACUAUCAGGACCAAGCCGAUUGGUUGAAAGCUGAUGAUGACACUUAUCUAAUUGCUGAAAAUUUAAGAUUUUUACUAAAAGAUUAUGACCCCCAGAGACCGUUACAUUUUGGUCGGAGAUUCAAGCUCUUUGUUAAACAAGGAUACAUGAGUGGUGGAGCAGGAUAUGUUUUGAGUAAAGAAGCUUUGGGAAGAUAUGUUCAUGAAUUGGAUACGAAAAAAUGUCCUAAAGGGAGUGUAAUUGAAGAUGUCGAAAUAGGAAAGUGUUUGGAAAUAGUUGUUGUGGAAGCAGGCGACUCGAGAGACCAAAAAACAAAAAGGUGCCUUCCACCCUGUUAAUAUGAAAUUCCAUCUUAAACCGGAACCGAUACCUCAAGGAAAUUUUAUGAUCAACUAUGAUUAUUAUCCUAGUUGUCGGGGGAUAGAAUGCAGUUCGGUCUACCCUAUUUCUUUUCACAAAGUUACUCCCGAGGAGAUGUACGUGUAUGAAUACAUGAUUUAUCACACAAUAGUCUACGGAGUAGCUCAUACUUAUCCUAAAACAUGACAAGAUGCAAACACUUUUCGGGAGAGGAAGGUUCAAAUUGUUAACCCAAAGCUAGAAUAAAUGACGUACGUUAGUAGAGAAACUGUUGCCAGAAUAAACUCAUACCGUUAACGCAGUAAUUGCUGAUGGCGACUUUAUAUUUUGAAACGCAGCCAUGAAAUUCCAUUCUACUGUUUUGACAAACUUAUCAACACAAUCGCUUUUAAAUGACAAACAUGAUUACCCACAACAUCUUGGAGGCUGUGUCAUCGAAUAUUAACUCUAUCAUCUUUAUAUUGUACACAUGGAUCUACCAAUGCAAAGUAUAGCAGAAAGCUAUGUGGUUUGUAGACUAUGUGAAAAAGAAAAAUAAUUGUUAUAAAUUGCGAAGCAUUUGUAUAACAAUAAACAACAGUAUAGGCUGGCAUAUAAUUAGUUGAGUCAAUAGUGCCUCCUUACUUUUACUGUUUGUCGAGCAUGUCAUGAAUAUACAUAAGCUUGCCGCAUUCCACGCUUAUACCAAGUAGAAAGACAAACGAUAAUAGCAGUUUACUAUAAUUUUGUACCAUUUUAAUUUAUUUAGGGGUUUUUAAUCCCAAGAAAUAAAUUAUAAAAAUGUUUUUAUACAAUGCUUUAUUUAAAUCUAUCUUUCAUAUGAUUAAAUUGUGACAAGGUUGUGUCGAUGAUCAAGCGAGAAGUAUGAUAACAAGUAUUGAAACAAAUCAGGACACUCCAUUGUGAAGUCAUACCGAAAAGUUUUAUUAUUAUUUCGGUUUGAUAUUGUGAUUAGCGUUCAGUAAGAUCGAUACAGUAACACGAGAAAAACAGAACAGGAGUAGUCAGUCGAUUUGGUUAAUAAAAUUGGAGUAGACGGUGAAACGCAAUAUGAGGAA